UUUUCUAGACAACAUGCCCUUGCGAAGUUCUGGCAAGCUGAGCAUGGAGACCAGAAAAGACGGUGAGAGUACGGCACCUGCCCCUCCACAGAAGAAGCUGUCCUGUCAGUGCCACCACCACUGCCCCGAGGACUCAGUCAACAGCACCUGCAGCACUGAUGGCUACUGCUUCACUAUAAUAGAAGAAGAUGAGUCUGGCGGACAUUUAGUCACCAAGGGAUGUCUUGGAUUAGAGGGCUCAGACUUCCAGUGUCGGGACACUCCUAUUCCACACCAAAGAAGAUCUAUUGAAUGUUGCACAGGCCAAGAUUACUGUAACAAACACCUUCACCCUACACUGCCACCACUGAAGAAUCGAGACUUUGUUGAAGCAAACAUCCACCAUAAGGCCCUGCUGAUCUCAGUGACUGUUUGCAGUAUACUUCUGGUGCUUAUCAUCAUAUUCUGCUACUUCAGAUACAAACGCCAAGAGACGAGGCACCACUACAGCAUUGGGCUGGAGCAGGACGAGACCUACAUUCCCCCUGGAGAGUCCCUGAAAGAUUUGAUCGAGCAGUCCCAGAGCUCAGGGAGUGGCUCUGGGCUCCCUCUCCUGGUUCAAAGGACCAUCGCAAAACAGAUUCAGAUGGUAAAGCAGAUUGGAAAAGGUCGCUAUGGAGAAGUCUGGAUGGGAAAGUGGCGUGGUGAAAAGGUAGCCGUGAAAGUGUUUUUUACCACAGAGGAGGCCAGCUGGUUCAGAGAAACAGAAAUCUACCAGACUGUCCUAAUGAGACAUGAAAAUAUUCUUGGAUUCAUUGCUGCUGACAUUAAAGGUACAGGAUCUUGGACCCAGCUGUAUCUUAUCACUGACUACCAUGAGAAUGGCUCACUUUAUGAUUAUCUAAAAUCUACUACUUUGGACACAAAAGCCAUGCUGAAACUGGCUUACUCCUCUGUUAGUGGUUUGUGCCACUUGCACACUGAGAUCUUCAGUACUCAGGGCAAACCUGCUAUUGCCCAUCGUGACCUAAAAAGUAAGAAUAUCCUGGUGAAAAAGAAUGGCACCUGCUGUAUAGCAGAUUUGGGCUUGGCUGUUAAAUUUAUCAGUGAUACAAAUGAGGUAGACAUCCCUCCAAAUACCCGAGUAGGAACAAAACGUUAUAUGCCUCCUGAGGUGCUGGAUGAAAGCUUGAAUAGAAAUCACUUUCAGUCGUAUAUCAUGGCUGAUAUGUACAGUUUUGGACUCAUCCUCUGGGAGAUAGCAAGGAGAUGUGUUUCAGGAGGAAUAGUAGAGGAAUAUCAGCUUCCAUAUCACGACCUUGUGCCCAGCGACCCCUCGUAUGAGGACAUGCGGGAGAUUGUGUGCAUCAAGAGACUACGCCCCUCAUUUCCCAACAGAUGGAGCAGUGAUGAGUGCUUGCGGCAGAUGGGGAAGCUGAUGAUGGAGUGCUGGGCUCACAACCCUGCCUCCCGGCUCACAGCCCUGCGGGUCAAGAAAACACUUGCCAAAAUGUCAGAGUCGCAGGACAUUAAGCUUUGACUCUGCCAGAGGCAGCUCUUGUGGAGGCCCAUGGAAACGGACUUUCUUGUGCAGGCAGAAGUCCUGAAGAGGUAUCGAAAGUCUUCACUAAUAAGUACCUUGAACAGAAUCAUGCUUAAGAGCAGCUGUAAGUUUUGAAGAGACUAUCCUUUGCAAAAAUCACCCGAAUUUUGACAUACGAGAUCGAAAGAGGCUUGUCUGCCCUUGUUUACAUGGGGAAAUACAGUUUUAGUAACUGGUUUAAGAUUAUGCAUGUUGCUUUCCAUGAAAGCCACUUAUUAUUUUAUUAUUAUUAUUGUUAUUAUUAUUAUUUUGAUUGUUUAAAAAAGAUACUGCUUUAAAUUUUAUGAAAAUAAAACUUUUGGUUAGAAGUAAAAAAGAUGUAUAUUGUUACAUUAAAAAAAUUUGGAGGGAACUGCUGAAAAUGAAAGCAAA